AUGGCGGGGCAAAAUCAGGCAGAGCUGCACACAAAACCAGCUGCAGCCGCGGCCGCGGCCGUGGCGCACCAAUCGAUGUUCGCGGAGAAACCGCGCGAGCUCGAGUUGAGCAAUCCGUCAUCCCCGUUUUCCGUGUCCCCGCCGUCGUCUGGCGCGUGCUCGCCGCCCACCUCCGCUUCGUCCUCGUCCUCCUCCGCAUCCUCCCCCGAAUCUUCCGCCUCUGGACAAGAAGGAGCUCCGCCAGAGCCCUGCUACUUGCACGAGGAUGCCCGCGCGGACGGGCGCGGGGCGGAAGGCGGAGGUAGCAGCGGAGGAAUCGGAAGAGGAGAGGCGGGCGGGCGGAUUAGGCCAGACGCGGAAGCACCCGUGGUUGGCUCGUUCAUGGGCUUCGCCAUGCGCGGAGCAGCCGGAAGCGCAGCUUCUGCGGACGGCGGAAGCGGAGGCGGAACCGGAAGCGGAAGGGGCCAAGCUUGGGGUUGGCUUGAAGGAGAAGAGGCGGAAGGGCAGGUGCAAGCGGACGUACGCGCUAUAGAGAACCAACAACACGCGUUACGGCAUGCCCUGGAGCGCGCGCAGAAUCGCCGCGACGAAAGUGCUGGAGGUGGAACCGCGCAGUUUGGGGCGGAAGGCGCAACUGGCGCAACCGCGGCGGAAGCGGAAGGACCCGCGGGCCUCCCAGCGAAUCUCAUGAGCGCAUGGCGGGAAGCUUGUGUCGAUCCCUCCGCUUAUUCCGCCGCGGAGACGACGCCUUGCGAUGGGAGAACCUCCCUCCGUAAUCCGCGAAGCGUCGCCGUGAAACCUGGCGGCGCGAAAAACUCCCUCUGGCUGGGGGUCAAAUCCUGGGCCGCGUCGCGAUCUGCAGCGCGGAGGCGAGCGGCGGCCGUCCCGCGCGCGCAGCGGGAGGGGGAGUGGGCGGUGUGGGGGAUCGGGUUCGCGGUGUUUGCGCUGGUGAACGUGCAGCUCAUCACCGGGUGCGCGCUCCUCUGGCUCUGCCUCCCCGACGCGUGGUCUGCCACCGCGCGCGCGGCAGUCGCGGGGAGCGCCAGCGCGCUCGUGGCGGCGCAGCUCGUGGGGAACGUUGUCGUGGCGGCUUUUGCGCGCGCGGUCGUGCUGCGGGAGUUUCUCAGGCGGAAGAUGAAAGCCGCGGGGAAGGCGCAAGGGGUGGCGGUGGGGGGCCGGCGCGGCGCGGGGAGGGCGGAAGAUGGCGAGGCGGCGGAGGUUGCGGGGAGGGGGGAGGCGGUGGCGGCGUGCGGAGUGGCGUGCGCGCUGGAUGUGGAGCAGCUACUGGCGGAGCAGGGGGAGGGGGGAAACGAUGGCGGGGACAAGCAAAUGAUGAAGGGCUUCCACUCGCGCCCUCUGCUGGUGUACCAAGCCGAGCAGAGCACCCAGCCCUGUUCCACCGACCUGCAUCCUUCCGAACCCGCCAGCACCGCACCAACAAACCCCGGCCCUUACUCCUCGGCGCCUUCGCCUGCUGCCACGGCUGCAGCUGCCGCCUCUGCCUCUGCUGCUGCGCCAGCAGCAGCCGCAGCAGCAGCAGCGUCAACGAGCAGCGGGGGAGAGGAGGCGGCGGCGGAGGAGGAGGGGGGAGGGCGCGUGGUGGCGGUGGACUUUGUGGUGACGGACGUGGUGUCGCGCGUGUCAGUGGUGGUGCGCGCUCAGCAGGCGGCGGAGAGUGGCGCCCUGGAGAUGGUGCGCCUGCCCACUGCCCGGCGACGGGCUCGCGGCGAGCCUUCCAGGCCAUUGACGGCAGUUCGAGAGGGCGAUGUGGUAACUGCAAUUGGGAGCGCCGAGCGGGAUCCGUAUACAGGCACGCUGCAAGUCGUGCCGCUGGUUUAUCCACGUAACAUCUCCACGUUUGCGCUACUCUUUGGCUGUCUUCCCUUCUAUUUCCCCGUGGUUGUUGGCCGGAAACUCAUCGUAGCGUCCCUGUGA